GAUGCCGGGAUGUUUACGGGCCCGGCAGGAGCGGCGGGGGGCGGAGAGGAGGUUGGGGCCGCAGCGGGCGUCCGAGCCGGCGGCCAGCAGCCCCGCUAGGCGCCUGCCGCGAGACGCGGCCUGGCUCCGGCUGCCGAGAAGCCGGAAGAGGUGAGGCCCGCCCCGCGCCCGGAGCAGGCGAAGGCAGCGGCGGGUUCCCGGCCUUAAAGGACACUUUUGCCUGAUAGAAUGGAUGAGCAGUCACAAGGCAUGCAGGGGCCCACAGCUCCGCCAUUUCAGCCACAGAAAGCCUUGCGACCUGACAUGGGCUAUAAUACACUUGCCAAUUUCCGAAUAGAGAAAAAGAUUGGCCGUGGCCAGUUCAGUGAAGUUUACAGAGCAACCUGCCUGUUGGAUGGGGUACCGGUAGCACUGAAGAAGGUUCAGAUAUUUGAUUUAAUGGAUGCCAAAGCCCGUGCUGACUGCAUCAAAGAAAUAGAUCUUCUAAAGCAACUGAAUCAUCCAAAUGUAAUUAAGUACUAUGCAUCAUUCAUUGAAGACAACGAACUGAACAUAGUGUUGGAAUUAGCUGAUGCUGGGGAUCUCUCAAGAAUGAUAAAGGUUUUCACUGAGUUCAUUUGCAAAACUUGCAGUGUCAGUGUUUGUGCUGUGCAGCAUUUUAAGAAACAGAAGAGGUUGAUUCCUGAAAGAACUGUCUGGAAGUACUUUGUCCAGCUUUGCAGUGCGUUGGAGCAUAUGCAUUCUCGUCGUGUUAUGCAUAGAGAUAUAAAGCCAGCUAAUGUGUUCAUUACAGCUACGGGAGUAGUAAAGCUUGGAGAUCUUGGGCUUGGCCGAUUUUUCAGUUCCAAAACCACAGCUGCUCAUUCUUUAGUUGGUACACCUUAUUAUAUGUCUCCGGAGAGAAUACAUGAAAAUGGUUACAACUUCAAAUCUGACAUCUGGUCUCUGGGCUGCCUGCUGUAUGAGAUGGCUGCACUGCAGAGUCCCUUUUAUGGUGAUAAAAUGAACUUGUACUCGCUGUGCAAGAAGAUAGAGCAAUGUGACUAUCCACCUCUCCCUUCAGAUCACUAUUCAGAAGAACUGCGACAAUUAGUUAAUAUGUGCAUCAACCCGGAUCCGGAGAAGCGACCAGACAUAACCUAUGUCUAUGAUGUAGCGAAACGUAUGCAUGCACACACUGCGAGCAGCUAAACAGACAUCAGAUCCCGAAGAUCAGAAAUGUUCAAGUAUUUUAAAUAAAUCAUCCCACCUCUUUGCAUUACAGAAAUGUAAUUAUUUGCAGCUUACUGUUGUGCUUUGUAAACCCAUUUAUAUACGAACGUCAAUGUUUUAUUUUAUUUUUUACUUUUUACCAACUUGCAGUUUUAACAGAUUUAAAUAUGUAAAGCAUAACUUCAAAAGAUACUGAGAGCCGCUGUUUUCCACAUUAAGUGAGUUCAAUGAUGUUUUCUUUACCGAUGAAUGGGUUCAGUUGGGCCUCAGUUCUAAAACACGGUUGCACUUUUGCACAGGAUACAGAUAUUAGGCUUAUGUAUAAGCAAAAUGUCUGAAUCUCUCACCUUUUUAGUAAUUUAUAGGAAAUAUGAAUCUGCACAGUUAUGUUUAUUUUAAUCUUAGUUCUAAAGGGGGUAUAAUUAUUAUAGAAGGUUACUGUAUUUUAUACCGAAUUAUAGUUUGCAGUUCUCAGCACGUGAGUAGACAGAUGACAUGAUUAGUUCUGUGCUUGCCAAAUGUGAUGCAAAAAUAGUUAGUGGAAAAAAACCAUACACUGAAAUUGUUUUAACGUCCCUUUUCAUUUUGCUAUUCUGUCAUAAUGCACAUAAAACGUCUGUUGGAGGUUUUAUGGGAGAAUUUAAGGUGUUGAUUCUGCAGUUUGAUCAUUUUCAAUAGCCUUGUACAGCACAGCCCUGGGGCAAUGUGAGUGUGCAUAGCUGAGUGUUAAAACCAUGCAGAUGCUGCUUGUAGCGGAUAGCGUUCUUUUGAGGCUAACAUGUAUUAGAAGAUCUGAUUAAAAGAUGCGAUCUUUAAGUUACCAGUUUCUAUUCCUGUAAAUGUCACUGUUUGUAGACUUUUGUAUUUAAAAUAAUUUGACCUUCCAAUACUGUAUUUAAAAAUGCUUUUAAAAUACCAAAAUCUUUUUGGAAAAUAUAUAGCUGUGUACUAAAGCACAAUAUAUUCUUCACAGAUAUCAGAUUUUGUAUAUCGUAUCCUAAGAAGUAGCUUUAUAUUUAGCAAAAGUAAAUUUUAGCAUUUAUGUUUCAAAGAAAGUUGCCACUUAUUUUGGAAAUAAUUAUUGAUGCAAAAUACUUCAUUAUUUAAAAGGAGAUUCACAGUAUUGUGUUAAAACCUCUCUGGUAUGCUUAAUAAUGUUUUCAUUGUUAAGGGAAAAAGGGAGCUCAAAAAUAGAGAUAGGACUCAAAUUUCUUGAAUAUCAAGACUAAACACUUUGAGAAUACACAACUGUCAAAACAGAGUUCUUACCAAUGAGAUUGCUAAGAAGUUGCUACUGACAGUUAAACCUUUUUGUUACGUGGGUUAAAAGAAGUUAGUUUAGAGAAAAUAGCAAUACGUAUAUCCACACAGCACAGUUUCUAGAUGUAGUCAGUUCCCUACACUUUUUGUUCUGUUGUUUUUUUUCUCUGUGCAGCGUUUUAUUACAUGUAAUGCCCAAAGAAUAUCCAAAUGUGGGAAAUCUGGAGUUAGGUCAGCUGUGCUUAGAGUAGGUGGGUUGUUUUUUGUUUUUUGUUUUUUGUUUUUUUUAAAUUAGAAAUACUGUGGAAAUUCUGUAUGCUAAAAUGUAGGAGUUUUUAAACAGUGUGUGCCACGUCUUCAUCUUAGUACAUUGUAUUUCUGUUGUUGUUUUAAUUUCCAGACUUGGUAGGACAAGUCUUUAAUUUUCCUUCUUGCUGCCAUAUUUACUUGAUCCAGUCUUGUAGGACUCCAGUGGAACAAUGUACAGGAAGAAAGUGUUUCAGAAACCUUGGUUUGUGUUUAAAAACCUCUAUAUUUGCAUUUGUGUAUUAUCUGAUAACUGUGUUUUAAACAAAUGAUGGUUAUAUUCUAGUUCAGAUGUCAGAGUGAAAUGGUUUGUAUUGACAAAGGCAGCACAGUACUUGCUUGACUGCUGCGAUUAGUUUUUAAGAUGCGCAAGUGCUCCAGUCGUUCUCUGAAAUGGGCUAGGAUAUUGCAAAGUCACUGACAAAAAACCAAUGCAAUCAGGCUAUCUGCAUCUAAUACCAUGCAUCAAGUAUUAUUACUUUGCCUGGAAGUAACCAAUGAUAGAUUUUUGUUUUUCAUUUUCUGGAAGGAUAUGUGGAGUAAAGAAACGAUGAGUUAAAAGUUAGCAGAUGUUUCAUUGGUGUGGGUGUGGAUUCUUUGUAUUGCUGAUUAAAUUUUGUGCUGAGUAAAAGAAGUAGUUGUUUCUGUUUUUAAAACUGUAGAAUAAAUGGUACAAAUGACUCGGGUACCGAGGUUUGUAUUUGAGAAGUCUGUAUGGGUUAACAGAAUUGCUGGUGUAACCGAGGUUCUAGAAUCCAUCCCAUAAGCACCUGGUAAUGUAUGAAAACAAUCUUGUAAUAAUUCCAUGUGUACUGUACAUUUUAUAAAACGUUUCCUGUUAUAGAAACGUCAUUCUAUUUUUUAUCCUUUGUUGUUGGUGAGGUUUGGCACUAUUUAUUUAAAACUAUGCCAUUACAUGUUUGUUUUCUUUAAAAUGAACCUGUUAUAUUUCUAAGGAGAAUGGUCUGACUUGCACCCCUUUUAUUUCAGUACUACUACAGUAUUAAUGUGUUUCAUGACUGAACUUUGUGCUUUGAAUGACAUUGCAUUAAAAUCUCAUCUACUAUCUUGAAAGCUCCCCUGCUGUGCAGUAGCCUAAUAAAAAUAAAGCAUAGAGAUAUCAAUUAUAGUGUAAAAAUAACAGUGCUUCUGUGAUAUUUUUCCCACUUUUCUUAUUACAGAUAUGCUACAGUAGUUGCUGCUGGUCUUGCAGUUUACUGUUUCCAGUAUUUAAUUAUAGGUGAGUGUUCUAGAAUUGUAAUGGUAGAAGGUACAUCCAAAAACUUUGUCAUACCAUUUGUCAAAAAUUGUAUCUAGAAACACUGCAGAAGAUAUUUUCAUAAUGAAUUAUAAACUGUGCUUUUAUCUAAAAUUACUCUGAAACAAUAUGGAAAUACCUAGAAGGGCUAAGAAUAAGGAAGAGCUCCUAUUUGUGACCCCAGCUUUUUUGAGCUCCUGUCAGCUCCUGUUUAGAGAGCAUUAUUUUUUUUUAUGGAAUUUCAGUAAUUCUUGGUGAAUUUGUUUGCUCACAAUGAAUAAGUGGGAAUCAGUAAGGUAUCUAUAAAUCAUGUGCUGUGCUUUUUUUUUUGUUGUAUGUCUUUGUUUUGGUAGGACAGACAACGUAUUUUUCCCAGUUCUCUUCAACUUCAGUGAUCCAGUUACUCGUUGUAUGAGCAGGCAAUAGAAGUAUGUGUUCUUCUUGUAAUGAGCUGAGACUUUAAAAACAUGCCAAUAUACAGGAAGAUGAAAUGCAGCAUUAGAUGUGUCUGAGCAGGCUAGUGUUUUAUUCAUGCACACGAUUAAGACAGCCAUAAAGAGUGAAAUUGUUGACAGAGUCUUGGAAAUGGAAAGGGACUUCUGUUGCCAGUGGUUCUCAGCUAUCUCUGAAUGGGACCCAAAAGUGCAGUGAUGUUUGCUUUCAACAAACCAUCCGCUCGGUCUCUGUCUUGGCAGUUAGCCAGCGAGAACAGAAUCUUAAUGGCUGAAUUUGAAUGCCGAUGGCAAUUGCUGUGUCAGGUAUUUGUGCUUUUAGAAACCAGAGGUUUAUGUGAGAGGAAGACAACAAGGGCCUUCAGCUCGUGUUUUGUGGAGGGAUAAUUCAGUCUGGAAGUACAGGUGCUGAAUAGCAGAGUUGAAAUAGCUUUCCCCCCCCCAUCAUUUUAAUACCAUUUUGGCAAUCUGAUGUUUUUCCAUUCCUGCCACGUCCCCGUAUCAGCUAAUAGCCAGUGACAGUGCUGAUCUUCUGGGUUCUGAUCUUUGGUUUGGUCUGGAUGAAUAACUAAAUUUUCCUGCUGAGAUCACUGAAGGGGGGAAAUGCAGGUGCUGGUCAUACCCAGUGAUGUGUUACUUAAUUGCCAAAUGUGAUUCAAAUAGAGAUUUUAAAGGAUUUUUUCCAGUCUUCACUCCUUUCCCUAAGUCUUGUUCCUGAGGUUUUUGUUCUUGAUUUUCGUAUUCAUUCAUUGCCUCUGCUUCAUCUUCUCUGUUGUCUCUUCUUCUCUCUUUCAAACUUGAAGUUCUUUUUUUCCAAAUGGCCAAUAGUUUCAUUUUUUCUUCGUGACUUUGCUAAAAUCCACCCACUCUUGCCUUUUCAAAUUUUAUCUGUAACCAUAGGCAAGCUCAAUGUUGGUUUUUUUUGUUUUGAUCACUACUUAGCUCCAUUGUUCUUCAUUCAGUUUUUCUAGCUGCCACUUUGAUUUCUUGUUUUAGACAGAUGUUUUCACAGCCUUCAUCAUUCCCAUGACCUCAUCUUUACUAAAUACUGUGUGCUUUAUUAUCUCUCAUUUUUAAAUUCCUUUUCUCUGAUCACUACCUGCUCUCUUUCAGCAUAUCUGUCUUUAUCUCUCCUUUACCCUGUCACUCACUCCUUUUGGGAUCUCCAGUCUAUUAACCUUUCUGACUCUUACUUUUCUCAGCUGCUUCCUUCCUUUAGUGGCCUUACCUCUUUUGACUCACUGGUCUUUAUUUUCAUCUCUGUCUGCUUCUCUGUAUGUGGUUUCUUUGGUUGCUUCUCGCAAUGCCCUGUCUCUAAUACCUUCCCUAGACAUCUUUUCAUGUUAUUUCUUAAUUUCUAUUCUUGUCUUUCUGAAUAUUGCUGAAGAGUGUCGGCACAACAAAGCUUUGGACUGUGCUCUGCCUUACCUGUUCUAAUUCUCCUUCCAAAUGGACUUUUUAACCACUUGGGUCGUGUCUUUUUUUUCUUGGUGAGUUUGAUUCCAGGUUUGCUUUUCAUUUUAGGUUUUAUGUGUUUGUUUUUCUUCUUCCCCAAGUUGUUCUGCUUUCUUACAAUCUGUUUCUGAACCAGGCCUCUGCCUCUCACCUGUGAGAGUUUGUCCCUUUAAUUUCUUCAGCUUUUUUCAUUUACUCUUUUCUUUCAUGACUUGAUUUGGCUUUCAUGAAUGACUCCUUCACUAGCAACCAAAUUUCUUCUACUCUCAUCUUGAAGUGUGUGGCUCCCCUCAUCUUAACUACUUCUCUGUUUAAUACUUUUUUCCUUUAUUCCGCAUGUAGCAUCCCCUUAUUUUAUGUACCUGAAUGUCCUCUCUCUGUUUUUGUUUUCAUGUCUUUUGUUUUGCCCUGUGAUUCAAGUGUCCCAAAGAUCCAGUGCCCCCUUCCCCAGUUAGGUUCUCUCACAAUUUAAUCCCUGGAUGAUUUCUUGACUCUUUGGCCAGUUUUUCACCUGUUGAUUCAAAGAUCUAAUUUUUAUUCCAAUCUCCCUCUAGACAUUUUCCAACGUCCCUGAUGAUUUUAUUUGCAUUUCUAUCUUCUCAGACCACAGUCUUUCUCUCUCUGAUAUGUCUGCUGGUCAUAUGUCUCUCAAGUCAGCAGUACCAGAUUCCACCUCUCUUCACUGUCCUUUUAUCUUUACCAUUGUAACUUCUGUGUCAUUUUGGACUUCUGUUCCUCCCUUCGAAGUAUCAAAAUUGACAAGAGUAAACAGUGGUCCUUGGCCUUUAGCUGUUUCAUGUGCUGAAGAAGGAAUCCGUGUCAUUACCAAUUGUUUUGUGUUUUUAAGGCAGUUCAGUUUUGCAAAUUUGAUCCUGUUUUACAACUUCAGAGCUGGAACCUCAAAGGUUCUUAAGUUUGGGCCAUGAUUUUGUUUUCUACCACUUCAGUUGCAGGUUUUGUCUUUCAUGUCUGAACCUUAUGUAAUUCUAUCUUGUUCUAUUUCUGCAUGUACAGCUAACAGUUAUUCUCUUGUGUUACAGCAGCCUGGUUGCAGUGCAUUUACCUUUGUUUUUAAAGUAAGAAUGUACUUCACAGCUUCACUGGCUGGGUGCAGUGUAUGAGUGUAUGGUGUGGUGCUCCUCUUCGACGCUGUCCCUCUCUUACAGUGGUUUCUCUUAGUUGCUGUUCUGUGUUGUGGAUGUUGGUGGUAUGGCUGAAACUUCCCAGCGGUUUUCUGUGAUAUUUUGUUGCUGUGUGACAGCAGUGGGGCAAAAUGGCAUCUGACAUGAAAGUGCGUAUGAAUCAAAGGUGUGUCACUGGAUUCGUCUAUGUGGAAAAUAUGGCCCCUCUAUCAGAUAGUAUCAUCGUGCUCUUCGUAUCUGUUAUUUCCAUGGAAGUAAAUAGGAGGCAUUACUUUUGAAGCAACCUGUGUAGUAACUACUUAUUUGCACCAUAGUAAUUCUUUACUUAGAGAGGAUCAGUUUGUGGUUGGCAAAAAGCAGGUUCUUUUAUAGUGUGUGUUGAGUUCUUGUUUCUUUUUUGUUGCCAGUUUGUGUAAUGUCAUACUAGUGUUGAAUUUGUUCUUUUACAACUGCUUUAGUAAUGUGUGGAGGCCUUACCAUUUUUGUGUGGUAGAAAUCUUUUGAUGUGUGGAAAUAAAAAGAACAUAAGAAAUUAGGUACAUUGAGUCCUUCCUUAUAGUUUCACUGUUGUGGUACGAGGGAGAGGUCCCUGGUCCAGCCUCCUGCUAAGAGCAGGAUCAGUGCUGAGUUUGGAACAGGGCUCUGGGCUUCAGCCAUUAAGGUCUUUAAAACCUCCCAACCACUUGGGAGGUGGGUUGUAAAUGUCCAGAGAUGGAGAUUGUGUAGCUUCUCUGAGCCACGUGCCAAAAGCUUAUCUAGCCUCACCAUAAGCGUCGUUUUCCUGAGUUUGUCACACUUCUCAGUUUCAGAUCUUGGCUGUUUGUUCUCAUACUAUUCUUCAGAUGUUAUUUGUACUAUAAAACAGGUAAGUCAAAUACUGAAACAAAUUGCUUCAUUUCAUUCAGUGGUAUUUCAUUUUCUCGGAUGGCUAACAAAUGUGUGUGUAGUAAAUAUGUAUCCUGUAUGACAUGUACUCUGUAUUCAUUUUACUGGAGUGUAAAUAAAAAUUUGAGGCAGUAAAAAUUUGAAUGUUCUGUGACAUUUACUACUUAGAUGCCAUCAGUACUUAAUUUCUAAACCUGCUAGAUGUUUCCCAACAGAGUAUUGUUCUGCCCAUCUUGGUGAAGCAGGGGAUUCAAGAUCCUGGAUGUAACUUGGUGUUUCUGUCUUCUGGAGCAUCCCUCAGGAGAGGUAACUGACCACUGGUAGAAAGAAAGAAGUCAAUGUGCAUCUGAAUAAUUACUGAUUAUGGGGACUCUACUUCUCUGUCCUUAGGUGCUGGUUGGAAACUUGCCUGAAGAGAUGGAUCAAAUCUGAGAUUUGGGGCUGGAGUGACUUUGGGGUGGGUGAAGGGUGGUUUUCAGGGGAGUUUUGGCAUAUUUUCCCAGGUGUUCAAUGGGACAGCAACGCUUGAAACUUCUGACAACAAAUUUCUUGGAAGCAAAUGAAAAGUAUGACAUACGCUUAUAAAUUUGACAGGAAAAAUCACUCUUAAUGAGAUAAUUUCCUUAAAACAAUAAUUCCUUCUUGAUCUUAGGAGAUAAUCUUUUAAAAAAGAUAGAUUUAUGGGGUGGAGGUAGUGUCUGUGUGUCACGUUUGUACUGGAGCUUUUACUUAACAAGGUAUGGACUUGUUGACUUGAUAGUGGAGCGUCACAGCUGUCUGGCAGCUGGGGUCCUUUUCUUACCUCAUUCCACAGCCGUGCAGCAGAGCUGGAUGGACAGGAGGUGUUAUCCCAGCAUCCCCUGUGCAGCAUUUGCUUCCAGGCAGGUACUGGUCUGAGGUGAAGCUGUAUGUGCCCCUCUGCUUGCCUGCAUGAGCCGUGUAGGUCAGAACCUCUGGUUGUGAGAUAGAAGAGAUUUAGAGGGACCUUGUCAGCAUGCAUUUCUAUGUAUGUCAAGUUGGCUGCGGUGGAACUUCAGCUGAUGUUCAGUUAUUUGUGGUGACUUGAUGUGGUUCAAAAGCUUAAAAAAUAAAGGAAUUGCAAAUGUUUCAGACUCAUGAAAGAGUAUCUUUUAAGGGUAUAUAAUUACACAUUAUUCAUUAUGUGUUCAUAGCAAUAAUACUUCUUUGUUUGCUUAUUCUAACACAGUUAAAUUAGAGCAUAAUUUUUCUAUACUGUGAUCUAUCAGAAGGAUUAAAAUAGUUCCUUCUGUGCUUUCUCUCAUUGGAGAGGAGGAAACUGAAUUCCAAGUCUAUUGUGGAAGUCAGGAAGACCCUGCUGUUGCAGCUGUAAGGGUUCCACUUGUAGAUGGUGGGAGUUUCUUCCAGGGCAGAAGCUCUGCUAGACAGGUACAAGACAGCUUUCUGAUGAUCAGUUUUAAUGGGCUUUCAGGGAGAAAGGGCUCUUAAAGCAUUCACGUUCAGAAAGCAGUGAGCUUUCUAGUGUUAUGUGCUGUGCCAUAGCAGUAGACUUUGGAAAUACGAAAGUCUCCAGCUACAGCCCAGUCUUAACACAGUUAAGAGUUCAAGGGAUGGCUGCUUGUCCUUUAUUUGGAGCAGGUUUUCAAGAGAGAGGCUAAAAUGUAGAAUGACUGAGAAACCUUUCCUCAGGUGGGGGUUUUUGUAGGUAGUUUGCAUAGGCAGUUGAUUAAAUAGCAAUUUGGUAAUUUGAUUAACUAUGAACGGUUGUUUGUUUUCUAUAGUCCAGGUGUUUGUUUUCUAUGUUCAAGUGUUCCAAUUCAGGGCUAGUUUGAUUUUAGGAUGACUUAAACAGCUCAAUCAUGGUAUAAUUGUAGACAUAGGACAUACCUACAAAAUCUGUCCCGUUUUUGUACUUUCCUGUGUUGUUUUUUUUGUUGCUGUUUGUUUUUGAGAAUUUUUUUGCUUGCUUACAGAAGUAGAAAAGAUGGAGAAAGAACACUCUCUCAUGUAUUGCCAAUUACUUUAUCAUCUUCACUGGAACUGUACUUACAACUGUGCUGUGUCCCACUUUUGAAUACCAUCUCUCAUCUGAUGAGUGUGGAAAUAGUCUUUAAAUAUAGAGGAAAGCAAGAUAAGUUUUUGGAAACAAGCACUGGAGAUUUAAAAAAAAAUUUACAUCAAGUAAAGCAAUAAUUAGUUGCUUUUGUUGCUUGUCUUUUUAGUUCUACAUAGAUAAAUGGAUGAAUUAAAUAGGAGCUUGAAUAUAUGAUGUUUCCCUGUUAGUUUACCAAAAACUUCUUCAUUUAAAAAUAUGCUUAAAACCCCCUAAUGUAAAAUGAUAAUUUUAUAUACAUUUGUGUAUAUGUAGUAGCAAGGCUUGCAAAGUGCUGCAUGCUCCUUUAUAGGAGGGCUUUGUAAGUUAUAGUAGUGACCCAGAUGUACUUGCUGUUCCUGAUGGCUGCAUUGUGCUGCUGUGAAUGUGUUCAUGUUCUCAUGGUUAAAAUCUAAGGACUGAUCUUUACGUACAUGAAAUGUAAGGCUUACACCUUAAAAUAAAUAAAUAAGUAAAUAAAAUCCUUAUACUGCAAAAAUAAGGCAAUUAUUUGGUCUUUCCAGAAUGCUGUUUCCUGUGUGUGGGUAUCAGUGGUAAGCAUGGCUGUUAGCACGGCUGGUGCUUGUUUGAGCAUCAUUAAAUGGAAGCCUGCUGACACUGCCCAUUGAUCAACCAGCCUGCACAGGGCCUCUGGGCCACAGCAUUUCCUCCUCCAUUGCUUCCUUCUCUCUGAGGAUAACCACUUGGAAGAAAUGACCCAUUUGCCUGGAGUUUUCAGAAGCAGUGGGCAGUUCAAUGCAAGUUGUCAGUUCGUGCUAUGAGGGCAAAGGGUCAUGCAGGUGACCCAUCUCUGUCAUUGGCUUUCUGUUGCUGCAGCGUUUGGAUGUCCCUCACAGCAAGGCAUCCCAGACAAGCCUUGUGAAACUCCAGCAGUGUGCAUUGUUUGGAAAGCAGUCAUGUCACAAAGGGUUGGUUUGAGCCAUAAUGUUUUUCUAAAUGUUUUUUUUUGUUUUUAAUAAUGAAAUGCUUAGGAUUCUAAGCAAUGUAUUUGUGGGAUUAUAUUUUUAAUGAAAAUUCUUUGUAUCUCUCUGGGUCUGCACUGGUUGGUGAUGAUAGUUCUAGAUGGACAGGAACAGGUGACGUUCAGUUAAUAUCCACAAAAUGAAACAAGUUCUUUUGAAAUUCUUCCCAUUUUAUUGUUGUUGUCAGUCUUGGCUUGUAUGUUCUCCUUAAUAGCAUUGAUGAAUCUAAAAACUUAUGUAAGCUUUUAUAAAGACAGUUUAGAUAUUCUAGUACUGUGUGAUAUGGGAACUUCGUGUGUAUUUGGCAUUAAUGAUUUAUAUUUCUUUUCUGUGAGAAUUUUGAAUUGGAUGUGAUCAGAAUUGAUUAAUAGAAUGGGGAUCAAAUGCCAUAAUCCUGAUCAGAAUCUCACUGUACCAAAAUGGCACAUCUAUAUGAGAACAUUGUAUGGUGUAUAGUCCAUCAUCUAAUAGAAGAGCCUUUGUGGUGUGCUGAACUGUGGCAGUGGUUUGCCUGCAGUAGAGCACCUUCCAGGUGCAUAGCUUCUGCCUGCUUUGUGGGCUUUUCUUGGACUUAUCCCUGUCUUGGUUCUUGCUGACUGGUCAGUUCUGACUAUCUAUGGAACUCUGAAAAGAAUGGUAUGUUAUAACUGAAUUUUAUUAUACAGUACUGGAGCUGAAAUUUCUGUUUUUAAGAUGCCAUCUUAAAACAUUUCUUCCUUUUAAGCUGUAAGUUCUGCCAUUCUCAUAGACUCAAAAUACGGUCAGUGUUAUUUCUUAAAGUAACUUCUUAGUUUUAUCUAAUAAGAAACUAAAGUACAAAUUCUUUGUUUGACUGCAUUAAGUGCCUCAGAGUUGAAAUUAAAUGGAAUCGAUUGUUUUCUUCAGACCUCUCAAUAUUUGUCUUCAUAUUCAUUCUUUAAGGUCCUAACAAAGUUGAAAUGCGAUAUUUCAUUCCUGACAUUUAAUCCAUGAAAAUGUCCUUGGAGAGGCAUGAUUCCCUUAAUAUAAUGUUUGUGUACCUUGCGAUGAGUGUACACUGCUGUAGAGUAGUAUCGGAAUUGUUUUUGCUCUGCUGAAGGAUGUGAGUUGGAAGUAUACGUGCCUCUUUGCAGACCAUUUUAUGUAAUUGCCAUGUAAUAAAAAUGUUCUAGUCUUGGGGCUAUUUUCUGUUGA